AACGAUUUCUAGCCUUGUGAUAAUAAUCGCUCUAUCUGCAUGAGUGCUAGUAUGCCCGCAUUUGAGAGGCCGUCAGGUUUCUGGGGACUCCAGUUUGAGUAAAGAUUAUCCACACCAUGUGCCGUGUAAACAUUCUUCACGCAUCUCGGCGGCCUGUACUGGCGAGGCCUGGCCCCUGCGCAGGGCAUCAUGACAGUGCAGUCGUGUAAUACUUAUCCCCGAACCAACCCCACUAAUCUGCCGUCAGAAAUUUACUCGCCAGGACCCAGGGAACCGACUUCUUGGUUAUAAGCAUGGCUCGUCUGUCGAUAUUCGCCCUAGCAUACUUCACACUUACCCUUGUCUCCAGCGCGAACGCAUGGACGUUAACCUGGCGAAAUGAUACCGGUGCCCAAAUAGUCGACGGUGACUCGAUACAAAACUGUACCAGGAUUUAUCACGAGAAAGGCCAGGAGUUCUCAUUCAACCCGGAAGGCGAAUGGUGCCUGAAAUUCUGGGAUGAGCCAACAUGCCAGACACAGAUUGGAAAGACGUGCGAGGGUCGGAGGUGGAAACAAAUUGCAUCGCGGAAUCUUUCUGCAUUUAACGUCUAUGUGAUGCCGCCUGCUGACAUUAGCGCGAACGGUAUGGCGACAUCCACAUCGAGCACUUCAUCCACAACGACUACCACCUCUUCUGCGAGCACGAGUGCGGUUGCGACUGAAACAACUCAACCUGGAGAUGAUGAACCCCCGAGUUCCUCGCUAUCGGGUGGUGCAAUUGCAGGCAUCGUGAUUGGCGCCGUUGCCGGCGUUGCAAUACUCGCUGCAUUGUUCUUCUUUUGGGGUCGUCGAAAGCGCAACGCUGCUGCUCUGGCUGCGACCAAUAGCACACCAGCUCCUGGUCCAGAGGAGCGACCCUUGCCCGAGGCCGUGGAUCCGUCGAAACCAGCCAUGUCGGAAACACAGACGCAAGUGUCCUCGGUGUCUCCAUAUGGUUAUCCUGUCGCCGGGCAUAAGACUGCGGAGCUACCUGGGGAGAAGGUGGGCGCGGAAUUGAGCAAUAGCCGCCAGCUGGUCGAAAUGGGUAACACCACUGCCUUGGCGGAGAUGGAUGGAACGAGCACCGUUAAACGCCCUUGAUGAAGCUUAGGGUAGUAUGAGGGAAUGGUCUUCGGGUACUAUCAACCUGGUGAUCCUUUCACGGCCUAUCUCAGCUAUAUGCACCGUUUUUGUUAAAUAAUCC